UAUAAAUAAUGACUUAACACAGGCUGCUGCAGUUGUCUUCAACUACCACUUGAGGUCCUGCGGAACCAUUGUGUGUCUCAGAGAGGGGGAAGACAAAGGCCGUUGCACAGACUGAGGGCGGAAAACGAACGUUUCAUUCGCGAAGUGUAGACAAGGAUGCACAUGGGCUCAUUCUGCCGGCGCAGAUUAACAAACACGGGUCUGAUUAGAUGGUUUUUGAUGCUCAGUCUUGCGAAAUAACUUAUUAUUUAAGUUUGACUUCGGUACGUAUGACACUAAUUUACUUAAACGACGAAAGCAAUUUUGCAGCGACUAAAGCUCCUUCAGACGUGUACCAGGUUGCAGUGACAUGGUAAUAUUGUGUGAAUGGCCCUGGACAGCUGUGGAUCAGAAGAGCAGCAGUGGUUUGCCAAUGACUGGUGAAGACAAUGGUUUGGGGUCUUUGGCCUCACCUCAGGCGGGGUAUUUGGGAAAAGUUCAGGAAAGAUGUUUUUCACUGGAAAUUUGUCCUUGGUGUACUUCAAAAGGCUUAAAUUAUGCUUUACGCUCUUACCGCAUCAAUCUCCAGGAGUCGAUCACCCUCUGCACAAACCCAGAGUGCCUCUUUCCUCUUGUCAGCCGGUCCUUGGAACAUGUUUUGGGUAGUUUAAAUCAUGUGGAGUCUACUGGUAACAAAAGAAAAAAGCCUCUUGCACUGGAAAAGGAGGAGUUGCUUGAACCCUCAGUCAAACGGUUGCGAUCAGAUGAACUUGACAGUUUGGGGGCCCAAAGUGUUGCUGACACAGUGAAUCACAGUGCACCACAUUGUGCUGUAAAGACAGUCGAUAAUACCUGUCCGUCUGAGAAGGAUGAAGCAAAAGCAAAUGGACAGCUCCUGAAUUUUGUUUGUCUGGCUGCAACAACAACAGGAGUGGAAUCAUCGCAAGAUGGUGACGCUGCAGAACCAGAAAGUCGUGCUUGCACUGAAGAUUUUCCUCCUCCAGCACACUCGGCCUUUGCUGAACAUCUGCAGAGCUCAUCAAAAAGCUUGCUGAACACUGAUUUGGACCAGCUCGUGUUUUCCCCUCAUUGUGCGACUUUUGAUACAUUAGAGGCAGAGGAUGACUCCAGACAGGUAAAGAGUCAUUCAGAAGUGUUAAACAGCCUGAGCAGCCUAACCUCAAAUCAGUCUGGACAGGCCGCAUGGACAGAAUCGCUGCCUGCUGAUUUCACAGCGUUGAAGGACACAUCACCUCACAUCACCUCAGAAAUCAAGGAUUUGCCAAGGAAAAUUUUAACACAGUCAGAAGAGCUUGUGUCUGUCCCACAUCAGAUUUUCUGGUGCAACAGCAACAACCUGUGCUGGCUGGACUCACUGCUCAUAGCUUUGGUAAACUGUAAGAACCUAAAGUCUAAACCUAAAGAUGAGCCUCAGCAGUCAUCUGUCUGGCAGCUGAUCACAAGAUAUGAAGACAUCUAUGCAGCCAUUCGAGCCAAUCAACAGACUGGCAGAGAUGGCGUCCCGAAGGUGCCGAAGUGCGUGCUGCAAAAGGCCAAUGCAGACCUACACAAUCUCAGAAGGUCCAUCUUCAAGCUACUGGAGUCUAAGCUGCAUUGCAAACUAGGUCAGAGGGAAACUCCUGUGUUUGCCAUUCCGCUUCUACUGAAGAUGGAUUCCUGGGCGGAGCCUCUCUUCCAGUCUACCUUUCACUGGGAGUUCAAGUGCAGUGAAUGCAACACAGCCACAAAAGAAAGGGUUGUGAAAACUCUUCCCACUUUCACAAGUGUUGUUCCUGAGUGGCACCCACUUCAUGCAGUUCAUCUGGCCCCAUGCAACGCGUGCUGCAAAAAGAACCAAAGGAGGACCAUGAUCCUAGAGAAAGUGCCUCCCGUGUUUGUGCUUCACUUUGUCGAGGGGCUUCCCGACAACGACGUCAAAAUCUACACCUUCGGCUUCAAAGGGAGACGCUACUCAAUCACCACUGUCAUACAGUACAAGCACGACCUCAAGCACUUUGUUACCUGGGUUUCUAAUUCUGACGGGUCAUGGUUAGAAUAUGAUGAUCUGAAACACCCAGACUGUAAGACCCAUCAGAAACUACCAGUUCCUGCCAAGGAAAUGCAUGUUGUCUUCUGGGAGGUGGAGCCUCGUGCCUGUUCUCCCUCAAGCACAUGUGCUAACUCUCCUCCAUCUAAACUGCAGAUAAGGCCCAGUCCCUGUGAGGCUGACGUGGAGGCAGAUGAACUGUUAACGUGCUGCCCAGAUCAGUCUGUUGCCAUGUCUCACAAUGUGUCUGUUUCUGACAUUGUCUGUGCAUUGACGGUCUCUGAUGACAACAGCAACAUCAUGGACGCUACAGUUACAGCCGGAGUUGAUGUGUCAAUAGGUUCCACAACAUUACUCGACACCUUUGAGGGUCUUAGCCAUGACGAUAUCAUUACACUCACUCUAAUAAGUGACAGCAAGGGAACUCAAGAUUUAAUCAUCCCCAAUAAGAAUGAAAUACUUCCAGCGCCAGAUAGCUCCUCUACUGAAAUAGGCCAUGAAAUGAGUCAAGGACCCCAUGUUGAGUCUGCCACCAUCUCCAACUCUUCUGACCCUGAAUCUGUGGACAACUCAUCUAGUGACCCAACGUUUGUGCCUCGUGCCACGAGAGGACGAAGGAGAGGCAAAGCUGCUAGUAAACCAAAAAAUAAAAGGGCAGCCUUGUCAAAAACAGCUCCACCUGCACCUUCUGACUCUUCCAGUGUGAUCUGUAGCGAACCUGAUGCUGCUAUUCAGCACAGCAUGCCACCUGUUGAACCAACAAAGCCAGCAUCCCCUGUGUCUUCAACCGAAGCCGUGCCCCAGUCCACCAGUCACAUUAGUCCCGCAAAAGAAAAAGGACCGGAUCAAAACGCCCGCUGGUCCUUCCUAUUAAGCAAACACCCAAUGAAGCAAUUUCACAAGUCUUCUGAUCCCACCCACACAACCGGCGCAUCCACACAAAUCAAUCUCACUUCCCCGGGUCUCUCUUCAUCCACCCUAAUGCACAAACAGCAGACUUCUGGAAGACUCUUUCCUAAACCGAAGCUCAGGAUGGAGGAGAGCGCGGGGGUGAUGCCGAAAGCUGCAGAAAUGUACGUUGCAUUCGGUGCAAAGAGCUCAACCCCACAAAGCUCAAUCCCAUCUGCUUUCAGUCCAACGGCCAUGCAGCCAGUCACACCUCACCCUCAGAAAUCACUAGUGAGCACAGCGUUCUCCAGCUCAACCGUCACAGCACCUCUGCAAACCUCAAAGGUUCCUCCAGGUCUCAAUAAGACUGAAGCUGUCAGAAAGAAGCUGCUGAAGAUGCUAAAGGCUAAGAAGAAGGCGCUGGCUAAACUCGACAGAAUGCUGGUUCAUACGAAGGAAACCAGCCUUCAGCCGGACAGCACCAACCUCAGCUCCCCUGUCACAGUCACCUCCAGCACCUACGAUGGCUCCACCUGCGACGACUUCCUCUCACACCUACUCUCACCAGCAACAACAGCCAGCAACCUGUCACCAGACAGCAGCGGCCUCCAAGAAAUACUCGCCGGUGGGCAAGCGGUCCUGGAACAGUCGGCCUUCGGCGUCAGCGCUCCUGUGGCAGGGUCACAGACAGACACCUUUGUGAACGGGCCAAGUUAUGAGUUCCUGGACGAGUUUUUCUCGCAGGCUGUCACACAGACACCGACCGAGAUGGAAAGCGAGGCACUUAGUGCAUUGGAUAUGUUUAUUUAAGCACUGCAGGUUUUGUGUACAACCACACAACAUUAACAUUUACGUUACAUUAACGUUGCACCACUCGAGUUAUUUGUCUGACCUGUUAAUGUUCGACAUUAAUCAGUCCUUUACCACAUUGUUUCAUAUUUCACCUUGUUAAUUUGCCUUCAUUCGCUAAUAAAAAGCUAAUUGGUGUGAACAAGGUUCAUGAGCUCAGAUGUUUCAAAAGCAAUGAAACACGGUUUACAUUUAUGUAAUGUUGUGCAAAGUACAUGCAAGACACAUUUAUUUAAACAAUAGCCAUUAAACCAUAAAGUACAAUUGAUACUCUGUUUUUUUUAGCCUAUGGGAAAAUAAGCGAGUAGCUGGAGUCAAUGAAAGCCAUACGACUGUUCAAAACAGCUGUAGAUCAGUUAGUGUAAAUUAUGCAAAGGGUAAAAUUCUUUUUAAAAUUGUAAUUAACUUUUUUUUGUUUUUAACUAGUAACUUUUUUUACUGCAGUGAGUGAAAUAAAUCUUGUCAUACUCAUGAAGCAAUUAUAUCACAGCUCAGUGGUUUAAUGAAGGUUUUUGUUAACAUUGAUAGAGGCAAUGAUGUAGAAUCAUGUUUGGCACUUUGUUUAUUGGCAUGUGAGCCAAUGGCUUUUUCUUUCUUAUAUUGAUUUUGUCAUGUAUUAAAGUCUUUAUUGACUCAAA